UUCUCGCUCUCUACUCCAGCUCGUUUGCUCGCCCAUUCCUUGCUGUCUCCCUUUUUACUACUCGACGUGUUCAGUUCCACAGAACCCGGUCGACAGCAACUGGCCGGCGUGUGGCGGUGUAAUUUCAUUCUGCGUUCCCGCGCAUGUGUGCGCUAGUAACUUGCCUAACGCGUCUGCAUCCAUGCGCACGCACACCAUUCCGUAAGUUCACGAUACUGACGACCCCACCAAGGAGAAGAGUGGGGGUCUGAUGGUCUGCGCAUGCGCCGAUCAGCGCGGCUAAGUAACGGACGGCGCGAAGAGCUACUGUUGAUAACGCCCAGCCCUGAGUGAGCCCAGCAAACGCCAAGCAUUAGUACAACGCAAAUACGCCGGCGGCUGGUCAAUAAUUCAAACCAAGUAGUCUCAUGGCUCUUUUUAGUCACAUGGCGUCCUCGUGGCGUCAACUCGUCACAGGUGGAACGACACGACCGAAGCGGUUGCUUCAGUCCAGCAGAUGUUGCGUCGUGCCAGAGCUGUACGCGUGUCUUGUAUGGAUGAUGGAAGACAAUUACGCAGAAGCAAAGAAGAUACCUGACCACCUUCUAUUCUUGGGAGACAUUUUUCAAUGACCUGACGUGCAGCAGCAUUGCCUCAGGAACGUUCAGCGUCGAGGAUUUACUGACAAGAAUCGACAUCCGGUUACUAAAUGGCGCCAGGAGGCAGCUGGAUUCGUUCUUUGAUAGUUUUACCAACCCGGAAAAUACGCAACGGCGAUAAGCCCCUGGCUUCGGAGGUUUUGACCAGCUACUUACUGCAAACUGAGGAACCACCUUGGACUUCGUACUUUGUGAAGUAUGCUGAUGUGGUAAACGAUCAACGAGGUAUGUCCCAUUUCAACUGGCCAGUUGGAAAAAGCAAUUAUCACGUUUUGAGGACAGGUUGCUAUCCUUACCUCAAGUAUCACUGCACAAAGAGAGCUAAGGAGGAUCUCAGUGCUGACAACACCCUUUUCAUGAUCAUCAAGAUAAUUAACCUUGGAAUUCCUACAUUGAUAUACGGACUGACGGCUACGCAACUAAUUCGUCAUCGCGAAAUCGUUAAAACUCCUCAUGGCAACGUGACUAUCCAUUUCUUAUUGCCGGAGGAUAAAGGCUCCCGGUAUUAGCGUGUCAUGCAGAGUAAUUAUUUUACACCUUGUAUGCUGUCCAAUUUAUUGCGAAUAAAGUUUUCCAAACGUCGCC